AUGUUGCAGUCGGCAUUGCUGCUGGCAGUGCUGCCGGUGUUACCCAUGGCCGCUCCGACUUUCUCGAAGGAGAGUCAGAGGUGGGGUCGAACCGAGGGCCGAAAGCAGCGACAGCGGCUGCAGCGGCACCUCGCCGGGGAGGUCCGCCACUCAAAGGCCGAGGCAGCGGCUCGCGAAAGCUUGGAGCUGGCGCUCCACGAGGAGCUGACCCGACUGCGCCAUCGGCUCCUUCGCUCCCAGCGCCGGGUCUGGUCCGCGGCCUCGCCAGAGGAGCUCCAGCUGCAGGUGGUGUUAAGCCGAUGGCCUCAGGGCAGCGCGUUCUUGCAGGCGGCGGAGGCAACGUCCCUUACCUCCAUAGGUAUGGUCCUGACGGGUGUGCAGAACCUUUACAACACCUUCAAAGAAGAUUGGAGCGAGCUGCAAGACAGCCUCGAACAGCUUCGCAAGGAGUUGGCGAGUCAAAGCCUUCAGAUGGUGGUGAACUUGGAGAUUGUGCUGAAGCAGGCGGCGGUUCUGCUUGGGCUGUUGCAAGGCCUCCCGAACUUUGCGAGCUGCCUUCGGGAGGCCCUCAGUGACAGGCGAGAGUCCAGGGAUGUCCUGGUGCGGGCUUCUACGUUUGCAGGAGAAUCCUUUGACGCCGAAGGACUCCUUGGCAUCAAGCUGAAAAGUCUCUUGGCGGAGACCAGAGACAUGAGGAAGAUCGUGGAGGACAGCGAGCUCUCGCAGGAGACGACGUUGGAUUGGUGCCUGGGGAUUCGAGGCGCCUGGGUGAUCAACGGCCCGGACCCCUGCGAGCUCCUGGUCCGAAGCUUCGACAGCCUGGAAGGUUGGUUGUCGGAGUGGCUAGAGAGCGGACGGCCUCAGGAGGUCUUCCGUGAACUGCAGAUCAGGCAGUUCGCCACCGCCCCCAACAUCAGCCGCAUUGAAGAACUCAGUCAGCUCCUCCAUCGCACCGCUGAGCUUUGCAGCGAAAGCGCGGUUCGCAAUUUAACUCCGGAUCCUGAGCUUCUCGCAACCCUUCAGGCGGUAGCACAUUUGGAUGAGAAGGAGGUGGAGAAGGAGCAGGACCUUCUUGCGGAGGCCGUUGCCACGCAAUUCGGCCCAUCCGAAGGCAUGCAUGCCGUCGAUGCAGAAGUGGAGCUCGCUAGGCCCGGGCUGCUUGGAUUGGUGCGGCGUGCGAUCUCUGCUCAGUGGGUCUUCGAGAUGGGCCUAUUGGCUGUGGCGAGCUGGGGAGAUCGCCUGAAGCGCCGGGGGAACGGCCUGCAGAACCGCCUCGCGCUGGUCAAGAGCUCUUUGGAGGACCUCCACUCCCAGCUACGCGGCUUGGCAUCCUUCCGGCGCCUGGCCUUCGAGGAGAUCCACUCGGCUGGCUGGUGGGGAAGGUCCGGUUCGGGCUCUUCCAAAGAGCACACGGCCCAGAUCGCGGCCCGGCUGGUGCAGUUCUUGGCCCACAUUCAGCCAGGUGGCGCAGGCUCCCUUCUGGACGUCGGCUGUGGCUGGGGAGAGUGGGUGCCGGAGGCGCUGGAGGCCGGGCGUUCCUCCGGAGAGCUCCCGCGGAGCUUCCGCUACCUCGGCCUGGACAUCGCCUACCAACCCAUCGAGCACCUGCGCCGCAAGCACCGCGACACUGACCUUCGUUUCGAGGUGGCGGACGGUGUGGAGGAUGCCUUGCCACAAGGCUAUGCCGUGGCGAUGGUGCGCCAUGUCUUCCAGCAUUUGAAUCUCAGGGAUGCCUGGAGGCUGCUGUCGAAUUUGUGGAAGGCGAAGCCGGCCUUUGUGGUGCUCUCCUCCUGGCCCGACUCGCAAAACGAGGACUUGGAGAGCUUCGGUGGCUCCUCGGCUUUCGCGGCCAUGGAGCCUGCGAGCCUGAAGAACUUCAAGUCCUACGACCUGCAAAAGCCUCCCUUCAGCCUGCCAGAGCCCCUCGAUUCCUGGCCCGAAGUGCACCAGAACGCACGGAUGCUCGCUUUUCCUGGCGAGGUGCUGCGGCGCUUUGAAUAG